CCGAAAACUGUACUCUCUCGUUGAAAAGAGGCGAUCAAAAACACAACCUUUCUGGUUUCAGUAUUUUCCUUCUUCGCGGUGGCUACGGCCGCCGCUUUAGUUUAAUAUUUCUUGUUUUCUUUGUACCCUAGUUUAUAUUGUAUCAAUAAGCAUGAUUUCGUUGAAAUCAAUGGCGUUGACUUGUUAUCAAAUCAAGCGACGAGUAUUAUCGUCACACCGUCUUUCUUCUUCCUACCAUCGCGUGAUGUCUUUGACAUGGGCAGACAAUUUUUUGUUUAUCCUCUGGUUCAUUGGGCAGUUUCGGGAUUUGGAUCAGAUCUAUGACGAGUCCAUCUUCUCCCUAAUAGGUGAGUCUAUUAUCUCCAUAAUUGUUGAGUGUGAUCUUCCGACAUACAAAGCUUGGCAGUUUUGCUUUGUCGAUGUAAUUCCGUGGUUUGUUAGGCACGGCGGUUUAUUCCAUUCUGAGAAUUCCUUUCGAGGAAUACAAGUUCUAUUGAACGAAAAAAGAAAUCUUAAACUGCCAUGGCCAUGGGGAAUAUCGCAGACACCAUGUUCGCUUGACAAUUUGACAUGGAUGAUUGUGACUUCAUUCCUUCAUAGAGAUGUGUUUCAUUUUACUUUGACAACAAGAGGGAAAGGAACUUGUUUAUGUGAAGAUAGGGAGUGGCAGACGACAGAGUUAUGUGAUUAUCAAAGUCAAUUUGAGGAAUUACUUAUGGUACUGAUAAGGAAUACAACAAAGCAUGUUAUCUCCUGCAGCGGGAGUGUAUGGAAUGGGCAACGAUGUAACAGAUGGAUCGUGCCUCCUGAUCUAUUAAGUGGUAAAAGACUUUGGAUCACAAUGGAUGAUAGCCUAACACAAGAUCAUAUAAGACCAAGAACAACGAUAGAAAAAGUUAGCGAAUCAGUCUAUCCUGCAAUAGAGUUAGAAAGCAUCGUGUUAUUACUUUUCUAUUAUCAUGUUCAGUUUAAAAAAUGCAUUAAUUGUAUAUUUCGAUUCUGA